AUGAAGGUGUUUAUGUCUGAAGACAAUUUAUGCGCUCAAAACUUGCUGAAACUUGUGUCUCAUGGAAAUGCAAUAGUUGCGGAAAUUUUAAGAUUAAAGGAUCAUAAACCCAGUGUUUAUUUGCUAGAUAAUAGAGAAUCACAACAAAAAUACCAGGAUGUUAUUUUGGACUUCAGUUAUUUUAAAAUUUCUGAUGCUCAAGAAAAGAAAAUUAAUGCUAACCCUAAAUUACAAGAUUUAGAUGAUGAGUUAAAAGAAAAAUACUUAGAAAUAAUAAACAGGUUUUAUUUGCUUUUUGAAAAUAUCUACCAAUACAUAGUUGACCUGAACUCUUUUGUAGAGCAGUUGCAUGAUAAUACCUUCAUCCAGCAAAAUAUUGAAACUGUACUGAAAGAUGUUGAAGGAAAACAGCUUUUGUGUGAAAGUUUAUAUUUAUAUGGAGCUAUGCUAUUAUUAUGUGACCUCUACAUACCGGGUCCAAUAAGGGAAAGAUUACUGGUAGCAUUUUAUCGCUACAGUACAAGCCAAUCGCAGUCCAACAUUGAUGAUGUGUGCAAGCUUCUAAGAGACACGGGCUAUGACCAGCAAAAUGGACGAAGACCUGCUGAUUAUCCUGUCGAAUAUUUUAGCCGCGUGUUCAUACGCCCUGAAUUUGUCGAAAAAGUUGUAGGAAAGCUAAGAUCGGAAGAUAUCUACAACCAACUAGCAGUUUACACAAUACCAGAGCAUCAAGCAUCUGCACUGGGCACACAAGCCAGCAUGCUUGCCAUCUCUUUGUUUUUUACACCCUACUAUCUACACACAGAUACAUCCAAAAUGAGAGAAAUAGUUGAUAAAUUCUUCCCAACAAACUGGGUAAUUCCGGUAUACAUGGGUGUCACAAUGAACAUCAUUGAUUAUUGGGAAAAUUUUAAAGCAGCUAAAUCUGCUCUCAGCAACACUUGCAAUAGCAAGAUGAUCAAAGAAGUAUUUGCUAAAAGAGGUGGAUCUGUACCAAUGCUUACUACUAAAACUCACCAACUACUAAAAGAAGGAACACUCACUGAUGAUUUUGUAUUAGACAAUAUUAGCAAAAUUCUAAAUCUCUUAUUAAAUUCCAAUUUAGUAUUAAGGUGGCUUCUUUUACACAAUACUGAUGUAACUUUUUAUGAUAAUAAUAAAAAGAGUAAACAACUUAAAGACUUAGUACUGAAGGAAUCUAAUUAUGAUCCAUUGAAAAUUUUGGAACUAUUAAUAAGUACCGCAGAGUUGGAAUUAAAAGUUAGAGAAAUAUUAAACAGACUGCUUGAAAAUAGAGAGUCCACUUGGAAUAUGAAUAAAAAUCUCGCUAUAGAAGCCUUAAACAGUUUGGCUGAGCUUUUCUCAGGAGCUAAACCUGUUGCUAAAAUACAAGAAAACGAACAACUAAAGCUUUGGUUUGAUAGCAUUGCAAAACAAGUAUCAUCUUUGGGCGAACCAAGUUCAUCUAAGUCAAUCAAGAAAGUAACUCAGUUGCUACAAGCUUUAGAUGAAGUUGAAGAAUUUCAUGGCAUAAAAAGUACUUCUACAAUUGUUCAAUAUUUGUGUGAUAGCAAAGAUGCAUUGAAAAAUCUAUUGAGAGCCGCUUCUUUGAAAGAAGAUUCCCUGGUUACGUUGGAGACAGUUGCUGAUGUAAGCUAUGCUUGGUGCACUAUCGAUUUGUAUACAAAGCAUAUGCAGGAUAGCAUUAAUGAAAAUCCAGCUGUUACCAGCCGACUAAGAGCACUUUUCUUAAAGCUAGCUAGUGCCAUGGAAAUCCCAUUACUUAGGAUAAAUCAGGCCCACAGUGACGACUUGGUGUCAGUGUCACAAUAUUUCAGUAAUGAACUAAUUAAAUACAUUCAGAAAGUUCUCCAAAUUAUUCCAGAAAUGGUUUUCAAUAUUGUGGAGAAAAUAAUUGAUUUGCAAACUUGGGCUAUAAAAGAAGUACCUACGAGAUUGGAAAAGGAAAGAUUGCGGGAUUAUGCGCAGCUGGAAGAUAGGAUGGAAGUAGCCAAAUUAACUCAUUCUGCUUCCACUUUCACAACAGGAAUACUGGAUAUGAGAUCUACAUUAGUGGGCGUAAUAAGAGUAGACCCGGCAGAAUUGUUGGAAGAAGGAUUAUUGAAGGAGCUAGACAGACAUAUCAGCAAAAAGUUUGUGGAAUUCCUAGAACCUCAGGGAAAGAAAUACCAACCUACUGCAAGCAAUUUGAUGUCGCGACUACAGAAGUUGGCUGAAAGUAUGGAUGGAUACAGGCGAUCUUUGGAAUACAUUCAAGAUUAUAUAAAUAUACAUGGCUUAAGAAUUUGGCAAAAACAGAUAACUGCCAUCAUUACUGAAAGUGUCUCCAAGGAGAUCAGCUUCCGUAAAGGAGUAACACUUUACAGCCCCUCGGCUGGCUUCAUGGGCAGCCUGGCUCGUCAAAUACCGCAGUUAGUGGAUGCAAGGAUAUGUUCAUACGUGAAUGUGUGCGCAGCCUGGUAUGACGUUAAAACUCAAAAUGAAAUAAUAAAUAACAAAACAUUCGGCAAACUGAACGAAGCUAUUGGAGUGGUUGGUCUUCAUGGAUUGGACACUUUGUAUGGAUUUAUGGUAAAGAACCAAAUGCAUAAUGUUCAAGAUCUAUUCAGGAACAGUCAAGACAAGUUUCUCAUGGGGAAUAUGACUAGCAACAUGAAAGAUUUGGAACAGUUUAUUGCUAAAGGAUAUAAAACAUUUCAACAAUUAUCUGACGUACUUGUAUUGAUAGGCACUCUGCAAAUCAUCAGAAGACACAUUGCUUAUCAGUUGAAUACAAGUUGUAAGUUUGAUUCAGCUCAACUAGAAGCGUCACUUAGGACCAUGAAUGAGUCUUUAAUAAAUGAAUUAAAGAUAUCGACACAUUCGGAAAGCCAACCAAAAGUGUCAUCGUUACUUCUGCAAAAUCUGGAAGAGUAUUUGGUGAGAUGUGGAAUUUAUGAACCAUAUGAGAAGAUUUAUGUGAAACACGCGCAGGAAUUCUUGAACGCAGAUAUGGGUCGCAUUCUUGUCGCCCUUCUAAUUUCACAGUUACCCCGACUGCAGAUAUGCUACACAACAGGUGAUCUCAUAACAAGAAGAACAGGUGACAAUAUAGAUGGCUAUCCUCUGUUAGUUGGUAUCUACUCACUGUUACGCCAAAGCAAGACCGAAAAUGUUGCCAUAUUUAUCGAGUCUUUAUGCACUUACGUCAAAUCCAAACAUACAGAGUCAACAAGCGAUGCUACAGCAAUAGUGAGGAUAUUGCAAAUGUUCUCAGAGACAUUCAAUUAUCCCUUUGCCAAACUGGAAGAUAAACUUCCACUAAUUUUGCUUACUCAUACUCUCCAAAAAUAA